CAGGUCGCGUCACUAGUCACGUAAAUCAAAUUAAUAACGGUUCUUGUCGCAAUUAAACCAACUAUACCAACGGUAAAUUGUGUUAAAACAAUUCUUCGUUAGUUUUUGGAAAAUUUGAACAAUCCUCGUUAUAUCUUGUAGGAUUACUAGUUAUAUUUCAAAACAGAUUUUGCGAAUAAAAUACCGCGCAUAAUACUCUAAGAGUGACGAUGUUUUCAUUACUUAACGACAUUUGUAUCAUUUGUCAAUAGAGUGAAAAUAAUUGGAUCAAGUGUUUUACCUUGUUCGAUAGCGAAAACGACACUAAUUAAUUUGUUUGAAACCAGCGGCGUUUGAAAAUGGGUUGUAAACUUUCUCAAUUGGCAUCUUCAGAGUUCCAUUCAGAUCCUUUCCAUCGUCCACCACCACCAUCAGAUCCGAGAUCACCACUGACCACAAAACAGCAGUAUUGUAUGCUCGCAUCAUGGAAAGGGAUUUUUAGACAGAUUGAGAAGACUGGAAUUAUUUUAUUUGUCAAGUUAUUUGAAGAAAACGAAGAGCUGCUUCAUCUCUUUGAGAAAUUCCGUGAGCUUCGAACUAAGGAAGCCAUCGUGAGUUCAGCGGAGCUAGCUGAACAUGCUACCCAGGUGAUGCAUACCUUGGAUGAAGGAAUCAAAGGUCUGGCUGAUAUGGACUCGUUCUUCGCUUAUGUGCGCCAUGUGGGUGGUACACAUCGACAGGUUCCAGGGUUCAAGGCUGAGAACUUUUUGAAAAUCGAGCAGCCUUUCCUCGAAGCAGCGAAGACGACACUUGGAGACAGAUACACGCCCAACAUUGAAAAUAUCUAUAAACUGACUAUCAGGUUCAUUUUAGAGAACUUGGUCAAGGGUUACGAAGAUGGCGGGAAUGAGAAUGAGAUCCAAACCAAUGUAGUCCGUUAAAACUUAUUUUUUACACAUUAAAAACCUACUUUAUUAUAAAAAUAAUGCAAUAACUACCAUCAACAUAAUUUAAUAAACAUAAACCUUUAUUUGUUUUGUAUAAAUUUGUUACAAUUAAUAUUGUCUAUAUCUUAUUGUGGUUGACACUUGACGGGGCAAAUGUCAAAUGUCAAGUUUGCGUUUGAUUCUCUAUAGAUUUGUUAAUAUGUAUUUCAAAAGGUUUUAUUUCCGGUAUAAAGUUACUCAAACAACAAAAAAUCACCAAAAUGCCUUAUAUCUGAAGCCAGCACAGGAAUUUGCUGUUUCCUAAAAGAUUCCGAUCUCUACUUAGAUCAUGACGUCAACCCAAGAUUGCGAUUUCAGCGCUAUAAAUUGAGAUAACUCACAAAGAAGUCGGGAUAUUUUUGUAAAACAGUAUAUUGUAAGAAAUUUAAUGGAUUUAUUUCUCUAUUAAAGUUUUGUAACAGUAAUUUCAAUUUUAUUGACAUUAACACUUUAAUGUUUCGUGUAUGCCUUGAUGCUUUUGAUUUAACAAAGCACACAAUAUAUAUAUUAUUUUUUUUAUAUUAUCAAAGAUUAUAUAUAGCUUUAUAUU